CUGUGAAAUGGUUUGUUAACUUAAUCGUGCUGCUAUUAAAAAAAUUCAAUGAAUCACUCAGUUGUUGCUAGUGAGCGUGUGUCACAGUUUUCUUAUCUCUCUCUAGAUACAACUUUAUGUACAGAAAGAUGAGGACAUGGACGCCAUGGGACUGUGUCACCAAAGCUUUUGGAACUUGUUGAUGCUGUGUACUUUGAGGCUGGUGAGACAACAAGACCUGCGCUGACCUCAGAGCAAACAGCUCACACUGGGACGGUGCAGAAGAAGCGGCGCAGGAAGAGAAGAUGAAAGCCGUGCUCAGACAGCUGUAUUCAGCAGUGAUGAUCCUGUCACCCUGGCACGAGACAAAAACAGGCCUGUAAGGAAUGUGCAGGCUCUAACUGCUUCACACGGAAACAACAUCAGUCACACUCGUCAUCAUGGACAAGAAGGUGGUGCUGAUUACAGGUUGCUCCUCGGGGAUCGGCCUCAGCCUGGCCGUCCGGCUGGCAUCUGACCCACAGAAAAGCUUCAAAGUCUACGCCACCAUGAGGAACCUGGACAAGAAGGAACGCCUGUUAGAGAGUGUCAAAGGUCUGCACAGGGACACCAUGGACAUUCUCCAAAUGGACGUGACGGACCAGCGGUCCAUUCAUGACGCGAGGGACAGAGUUGUGGAGAAACGAGUGGAUAUUCUGGUGUGUAAUGCCGGCGUGGGGUUGAUGGGACCACUGGAGCUGCAGUCCCUGAACUCAAUGAGGCAGAUUUUAGAGGUAAACCUCUUGGGAACCAUCCAGACAAUCCAGGCCUUCCUUCCAGAGAUGAAAGCUCAGGGCCGCGGCCACAUUCUGGUCACUGGCAGCACAGGAGGUCUGCACGGUCUCCCUUUCAAUGAGGUGUACUGUGCCAGCAAAUUUGCGAUAGAGGGAGCGUGUGAAAGUUUGGCCGUCCUCCUGCAACACUUCAAUAUCCAUGUGAGUCUCAUUGAGUGCGGCCCGGUCAACACCAACUUCCUGGUCAACCUGGAGAAGGCUGAGCUCGGAGACGCCCCUCUGAGGCUGGUGGACCCUCUCACAGUCAACCUUUAUGAAAAAUACCUACAGCACUGCAGCUUCGUUUUUCAGAACGCAGCACAGGACACAGAAGACAUAGUGAAGGUGUUUCUAGAGGCCAUCCAGUCACCCAGCCCGGCCUUCAGAUAUUUCACCAGCGGUGCCCUCUCACCUCUCACUCAGCUCAAAACCGCACAGCCAGAUGGCACACAGUGCAUCCGUGCAAUGAGUGACAUCAUUUUCAGCUCUAAGGAAAAAUAACAUUCGCAGGUUGCGCACAUGCCCGUUGUCUGUGCAGUUCUGACCAAGCCUUCAUUCACCCUGCCAUUUAGAUCUUCAUCUACUCCUUGACUUUAUUUAUCUUUAAUUAUUGAACAUUUUGAAUCCUUUAAAUCACUGACAGUAAAGUGCACGCUAACCAUGCGUGUUACAUUAUUACAAUCCAUUGUAUUCAGGUUUAAUUAUUAUAUAUAUAAAGAGAGAGAUUAUAUGUAGACUGUUUUUCAAAAACAAGAAAAAAAAGAAAGUUUUAAAAUUCUGGUCAUAAAAAGCAUGAUGAUUUCAAUCAAGUUUUUUUUUAUUUUGAAAGCAACAAGGAAGUAGCUCAACAAUAUUAAAUGUUUUUUUUAAUGUGGAGGACAUCUUGGUCAUUGUGGUGUCUAGUGUCGGUGUGCAUGUGCUCUGUUCCUGUUCAGGCCAUUUGGUUCAUAUUCUAGAGUUUGUUGUUCUGCGUUUCUCAGCUCCUCUAUCCAUCGAGUUUUUGUUAUUUGGGUUUCGAAUAAACUCUCAGCGCCUGAGCCACACCUCUCCUGUGUUACAGCUGGGUCCUGUCUGCCUUCCAACGUUACAAAACAAAACAGGUUUUUUCCAAAUAAUGACUCGCGCUAUUGAUAUCAAACACUUGGUUUCUAAUGGUUAACUCUCAGGCACUGCCCCAAACACGAGCCCUGUUUUAUCCAUUGAGCGGCUCAUUGUCCCAUAGUUGGACUUGGUACAGCAGAGCAAAGGACAACUAGAGAGACUAACACACAACCACCAGGAUGAAGGGUGCUGUUUUGCUGAGUUUGGUGCUGAGCUGCUGUCUCUGUGAAGUUACAGUUAAUAGCAACGAUGGAAUUAAAUGCGGCUCGGUCAGCGACGCUGACACUUUCUCCAGCACCUUUAUGGCUUAUAAGCUGGGAGUGCUGGAAGAGAAAAUUGCCAACAUAGAAAAGAG